GAGCUCCCGGUUGAGUCUGGCCCAGCCCCCCCGCACCGCCCAGUUUGGGGCUGUUUGGGUAAAACCGGGUGCCAAGGGCGGCACUCGGGGAGCGCCGGUGGCCCUGGAUGUCCCAGCCCUUCCCUCGGCCAGGCGGAGCGGGGCGCUGACACAGAGCAGGAAAAAAGCGAUUUCAAGCCCCUGAGGGAGGAUGUGGGCUUACACCGUGGGCUUCACCGUCCUGCCCCACGUCGGAGGGUUCCUGGGCUGGUUCCUCAACAGGAAGGAGAUCCCAGAGUGGUACGAGAAGCUGAAAAAGCCCUCGUGGAGCCCGUCCCGCAGGAUGUUCCCCGUGGCCUGGACCAUGCUGUACACGAGCAUGGGCUACGCCUCCUACCUGGUGUGGAACGACCUGGGCGGCUGCGGCAGCAAGGCCAUGGUGCCCCUGGGGCUCUACGGGGCUCAGCUGGCGCUCAGCUGGGCAUGGCCCCCCCUGUUCUUCAGUGCCCGCAACCUCAACAUGUGGCCACGGCUCGGUCCCAGGGUCCUGGCAGAGAUGGCAGAGAAGCAGGAGGAGCCCAGCAACGCCCAGAACGGGGAACCCGACAACGCCGAGGAGGGCGAGGGGAAGAAGAAGAAGGUGAAGAGGGAGGACCUGCCACCCUUUGAGAUUGUGACAGGGGAACGCCUCCCAGCCAUCUUCUUCAAAUUCCAGUUCAGGAACGUGGAGUACAGCUCUGGCAGGAACAAAACCUUCCUGUGCUACGUGGUGGAGACGCAGGGCAAGGAGGCGGCGACCACGCGGGGCUACCUGGAGGACGAGCACGCGGCGGCCCACGCGGAGAUGGCCUUCUUCAACACCAUCCUGCCCGCGUGCCAGGCGGGCUCCCGCCACGAUGUCACCUGGUACGUGUCCUCCAGCCCGUGUGUCACCUGCGCCCGGGGGAUCUGCGAGGCCCUGCGCAAGAACAAGGGGCUGCGCCUCACCAUCAUGGUGGGACGGCUCUUCAUGUGGGACGACCCCGAGAUGCAGGCGGCCCUCAGGAGCAUGAAGGAGGCCGGCUGCAAGCUGAGGAUUAUGAAGCCUCAAGACUUUGAGUAUGUCUGGAAGAACUUUGUGGAGCAGGAGGAAGGGGAGGAGGCCAAGUCCUUCGUGCCCUGGGAGGAUAUUCAGGAGAAUUUCCAGUACUACGAGGAGAAGCUGGCGGAGAUCUUGCACUGAGGCUUGGGAUGAGAAAGGAUCCAUGAAGAGGUGACAGACCUGGACACCCGGGGCAGUCCUGCUUCCCAACGCUUUGAUUCCAGCAGGAUGGAGAACCAGCCUGUGGGAGACAAGGCCCUGUGGGACCCUCAGCACACACACACGACACAGGGCUCGGGUGUUUGGGAUUUUUUGGGUGUUUUUGUGUUCCUCCCCCUCCCUGCCCCAACCAAACCCUCGCUGUGGUGAAAGGGAUGGCAGUGAUCCCCAGGCAGGCUGUGGGAUCACAUUCUGGGAAUGUUUCAUGGGAAGAGACCUUAGAACAAAGCUGCUGGUUAGAUAAAUGCAUCAGAAAGGGGAAAAGAAAGGGAAUUAAAGUGGAAAAGAAGUUUUCUCCCUCUAUUCUCCUCAAUAGUCAGAGCUGUGAUUUCAUGCAGGGCCAACAGCUCUCUUCCAAAUCAUGAUGGAGCCCAAGAACUCGCUAUCAAACAAUGAUGUUGGGAUAUAAACCUGGGAAAAGCAAAGUGAAAUAAAAUGGGAAGCCAUUGCAAAAGCCAAAGCACUGUUUAUUCCUUCUUCUCUGCUUGCAAGAAGUCCUGAAUUGAACCUGACAAGUCUGAGUUCGAGGACAUCCCAGGACAGCCACACAGGGAAUAUUUUGUAGCUGGGAAGGGAGAACUAAAUGCCUAAAAAAUUUCCAGAGUGCGCACAAGUGUUGGAGAGCGGGAUCAUUUUCCAUGUAAAACAAAGCUCACGGGGAUGCCGUGAGAAAGGAACCAGAACAAAAACCCAGACACAGAUAAGGGGAAGGACUGAACCCAUGAGCAGCCUCAAUGCCUGUUCUGGAUCAGUUCAUUGCUCCAAAUUCCUCCUUGUCCAAGGUUGUUUUUCCCAGCUACAGCAAUUCCCCACCAAACAGGUUUACAAAUAUGGGUAAGGAACAGGAAGAGUAAGGAUAGGGAGAUCAUAAACAGGAUUUUCAGCAGCAAGAACCCCCAUAGAACUGAGUAACCUCGUCCCUUCCCAAGGAAAUCCAAUUGGGAACCCUGUCAUGCUACAAAAUUCCCAACUCUUGUGUCCCAUUUUUAUAUUUCUUCAACACACCUGGCACUUUUCUGGGCAUUCAGAAGGAGAGAAGUCAAAAAGAUUUGUUACUGUGGGAGGGUGGGAAAUGAAACACAAAGGAAAUGCAGUCCACAGUUCUGGAACAAACUCUUCCAAUCAGUUUUCCAUGGAUGUAGGAACCAGGGCUGGUACUGAUUUGCUUUUGUUUUGGGUGACAAACACCAACCUUUGUGUAACAUCUGGACUACAAAUGCAACAAAGAAAGAGAUGUGAAAAUCCCACCUUAAACUCCAUCCUGUGAGUUUUUAGAGCAGAUCAGCCUGUCUGGAUCCUCAC